GCAAUACAUAUACACGUUCUAGUCCAAUUCUUCCCUCUCCAGGCUCCAAUUCUUUACAAGAUUAGCAUCAUCAUCUUCUUUAUAACUCUAUUGUAGUCGGAAAUAUCCAUUCUAUCACCGUGUGUCAGAAAAUCAGGCUCUUUAUCAUCCCUCCCACCGAAUCAAGGAUGAACCGUGGCAAACCAUGGUUCGAACACCUAGUGGAUGACACAGGCGAAUUAUUUGGCUAUGGAACCGUUAGCGGGUCGGCUUUUUACAUGUUGAAAGGCAUGUACAACUCCCCUAAAGGUGAGUGCCUCAGCCGGGGCUUACAAGCCGUACGCAUGAACGUCCCCCGUUUUGCCAGCAACUUCGGCAUCUUCGGUGGUCUUUCAUCUGUGUUGGAGAGUUCUAUGAUAUAUGCAAGGCAAAAGGAUGAUCCUUGGAAUAGCAUCCUCGCUAGUGCUGCUUCCUUCGGAUUCCUCAGGAUGCGCCGAGGCAUUGGUUCGGCUUCACGAUCGGCUCUCUUUAUGGGAUUGGCAGUAGCGUUCUUGGAGGGUUGUGGGAUCGGAGUAAAUAAGCUCUCAAGUGUCCAGUGCCCACAGCCCGACAUUGAGGAGUUGGAUAACAAGUAGAGAGCUUUUUCUAUAUUUAUUUAUAUUGAUGCCGUCGUGCAUAGAAUUGAAAACUUAUCAUCUUUUUCUAUGCUUGCACUUGAAGCUUUGGAUGGUAUUAACCGAAAAGUCCUCAUUCAUUUUCUUAAUUGUAUCUGAAUUCAUUUUCCUUGUACAGUAAUAUCAAUUAAAUUUUGUUUCUUU